GCCUGUCAGACCCUCACAGGAGCUGUUGUCUAGUUGAAGCUUCACAGAGAUUACUCUCAGUUAAUCAUCAAGAUGGGGAACCAGCAGUGUCCUGCUGAGGACGCAGCCCACCUGGCUUCUGUUGCUCGAGUCUUCUGUCCUUUCCCAGACUACAACCCAAGUCCUCUUUUUGUCAACAUGGUGUCCAUCAACUCUUCACUUCACCUGAGGAACCACUACAGGGCAGUGCAGUCCUCCCUGAGCCCCAAGCAGCUGGAGGACUUCACCCAGGGCCUGAGGACCACUUUUGGCCGGGAGGGGAAGGUCACUCUUGGUGGGGUGGGGGUAGUGGCCCUGUCCCUGGCUGUGCUGUUUGACACUCUGGCCAGACAGGUCAGGGGAGAGUGGGUGUCUGACUCUGGGCCCAUUCCAGGUUUAUUCCUUAAAAACAUGAGAGGUUAUUACCCACCACAGGUCCACACGGUCAGCGAGUACCUGAGGCUGGUACCCUACAUUGCAAACAACCCCAGCAGGAUGAUAGAGGAGUCAGAGAGGUACCUGAAGCAGUUAAUAAUCGAUUGCCAACCUUUGGAGAAAUUGGGAGAAAACAAAACGUUUCCAGUAAAAGACGACACCACAGAAGUCAAUCGGGUACUGGGACACCAUUUUGGAACAAGCUUAACAACUCACCUUCACCGCAUCAAAAAUGGUACGACUCUUGACUUCAAUGGUGGAGGUCAACCAGAUGAUCUGAUCUUUAAUCUCAACUGUGAACCAGAGAUAGCAGGCAAAGAAUUUUUGGCUGAAGUGAAAAAAUCUGACAGCCGCACCCAAGAAGCUUUCAAAAGCUGCAUCAAAGACAGUGAGGAUAUAGAAAAGACUGUGCUGGAGCAUGUUGCCAAGUUAGUAUGGGUAGAUGCCAUCUUUAUGCCUGCAUUUGCAAUGGUACAUCAGGAAUUGCUGAUUGCUCAAAGAGAAGAUUUUGAUCUGAAGGCUGAUGCACUCGGAAAAUGGGUAGAAUAGUUGAAAAAAUGUAAAAAGUGAUGAUAGAUCAAGCCUUUGAUAACAUAGACAUUGUGCAGAGUAACCAUGCAACAUGUGACAAAGGAGUCAGAGUGAUGAGUUGUAAAGGUUUGACAUCUGAUAUAUUGUUGUUCUGUUUGUUUCUGUCUUGGUGUCACUUGGAAUAAUCAGUGAUUGUAAAACUUUGGAAGUACUGUAUACACUGUAUGCCCUGCAGAAUUUAACAAUGUUUCAAUAAAUAUACAUUUGACGUCAUGACCAUCUAUUCUGUGUUCAGAAAGUGAAAAAUGACGGAUGUGACAAAAGAGUCAAUAAUAUUGUUAGUCUAUAUUUUGGUUUCACAACAGUUAGUUUUAACGAGUUCAAAUGACCAUAUUUAGUUUAAAUUCAUCUGAAUGCAAAUCUUGCAGGUUAACUACAUAUAAUUGAUAUUCCAUUUAUUCACAAGGCCUCUCUGCUUUGUACUUCACUGAUUUGCUUGUUCUUGUUUCCCGAACACUAGUUCAGAGCUCAGCUGUGAUUUUCAUUGUGACAUUCACAUUUUAACUUCUAAUAUCUCCAUUACCAUUAAUGUGACAAUCUCCAACAGUAUGCUACUAAAAUCUCAUGAGAACACCGAUUGACUGUUUAGCAAUGCUGUCAGCAUGGUGGUGAUCCGGCUCUCAUAGAAUUUUUAGGCUGGGUGACGGACAGUUUUCCCCCUCAUUGACCACACCCCUUAACUAUGACAAAACACUGACAAUAUAUAUGUGUAUUCUGGUAAUCUCUCAUUCUUUUUCAGUGCGGGAAGUUUUGUGAUUGUUUGUUUUUUUCCAACUUUCAACCAGUUAGUGUUUCAAGUACAUGUCAAUGUGCUUUGGCGAGAUGAGUAACAGAUCAAACAUUAGUUCAAGAGACAGACACAAACUGUCCCAUUUUGGAGACAUCAGCUAAAUAAUAAUUAACUACAGGCUUGACGUCAUGACUCCACUUUGUCAGUGAUGUCCAGAGAGAGUCUGUCAGACCCUCACAGGAGCUGUUGUCUAGUUGAAGCUUCACAGAGAUUACUCUCAGUUAAUCAUCAAGAUGGGGAACCAGCAGUGUCCUGCUGAGGACGCAGCCCACCUGGCUUCUGUUGCUCGAGUCUUCUGUCCUUUCCCAGACUACAACCCAAGUCCUGUUUUUCUCAACAUGGUGUCCAUCAACUCUUUACUUCACCUGAGGAACCACUACAGGGCAGUGCAGUCCUCCCUGAGCCCCAAGCAGCUGGAGGACUUCACCCAGGGCCUGAGGACCACUUUUGGCCGGGAGGGGAAGGUCACUCUUGGUGGGGUGGGGGUAGUGGCCCUGUCCCUGGCUGUGCUGUUUGACACUCUGGCCAGACAGGUCAGGGGAGAGUGGGUGUCUGACUCUGGGCCCAUUCCAGGUUUAUUUCUUAAAAACAUGAGAGGUUAUUACCCACCACAGGUCCACACGGUCAGCGAGUACCUGAGGCUGGUACCCUACAUUGCAAACAACCCCAGCAGGAUGAUAGAGGAGUCAGAGAGGUACCUGAAGCAGUUAAUAAUCGAUGGCCGACCUUUGGAGAAAUUGGGAGCAAACAAAACGUUUCCAGUAAAAGAUGAUACCACACGACUCAAUCAGGUACUGGGACUCUUUUUUGGUUCAAGAAUAACAGCUCACCUUCACCACAUCAAAAAUGGUACGACUCUUGACAUCAGUGAGAUAAGAAAACCAGAUGAUCUGAUCUUUAAUCUCAACUGUGAACCAGAGAUAGCAAGCAAAGAAUUUUUGGCUGAAGUGAAAAAAUCUGACAGCCGCACCCAAGAAGCUUUCAAAAGCUGCAUCAAAGACAGUGAGGAUAUAGAAAAGACUUUGCUGCAGCAUGUUGCCAAGUUAGUAUGGAUGGAUGCCAAAUUUAUGCCUCUAUUUGCAAUGGUAGAUCCGGAAUUGCUGAUUGCUCAAAGAGAAGAUUUUGAUCUGAAGGCUAAUGCACUCGGAAAAUGGGUAGAAUAGUUUAAAAAGUGUAAAAAGUGAUGAUAGAUCAAGCCUUUGAUAACAUAGACAUCUUGCAGAGUAAACAUGCAACAUGUGACAAAGGAGUCAGAGUGAUGAGUUAUAAAGGUUUGACAUCUGAUGUAGUGUUGUUCUGUUUGUUUCUGUCUUGGUGUCACUUGGAAUAAUCAGUGAUUGUAAAACUUUGGAAGUACUGUAUACACUGUAUGCCCUGCAGUAUUUAACAAUGUUUCAAUAAAUAUACAUUUGACGUCAUGACCAUCUAUUCUGUGUUCAGAAAGUGAAAAAUGACGGAUAUGACAAAAGAGUCAAUAACAUUGUUAGUCUAUAUUUUGGUUUCACAACAGUUAGUUUUAACAUGUUCAAAUGACCAUAUAUGGUUUAAAUUCAUCUGAAUGCAAACCUUGCAGGUUAACUACAUAUAAUUGAUAUUCCAUUUAUUCACAAGGCCUCUCUGCUUUGUACUUCACUGAUUUGCUUGUUCUUGUUUCCUGAACACUAGUUCAGAGCUCAGCUGUGAUUUUCAUUGUGACAUUCACAUUUUAACUUCUAAUAUCUCCAUUACCAUUAAUGUGACAAUCUCCAACAGUAUGCUACUAAAAUCUCAUGAGAACACCGAUUGACUGUUUAGCAAUGCUGUCAGCAUGGUGGUGAUCCGGCUCUCAUAGAAUUUUUAGGCUGGGUGACGGACAGUUUUCCCCCUCAUUGACCACACCCCUUAACUAUGACAAAACACUGACAAUAUAUAUGUGUAUUCUGGUAAUCUCUCAUUCUUUUUCAGUGCGGGAAGUUUUGUGAUUGUUUGUUUUUUUCCAACUUUCAACCAGUUAGUGUUUCAAGUACAUGUCAAUGUGCUUUGGCGAGAUGAGUAACAGAUCAAACAUUACUUCAAGAGACAGACACAAACUGUCCCAUUUUGGAGACAUCAGCUAAAUAAUAAUUAACUACAGGCUUGACGUCAUGACUCCACUUUGUCAAUGAUGUCCAGAGAGAGUCUGUCAGACCCUCACAGGAGCUGUUGUCUAGUUGAAACUUCACAGACAUUACUCUCAGUUAAUCAUCAAAAUGGGGAACAUGCAGUGUCCAGCUGCCCACCUGGCUUCUGUUGCUCGAGACAUCUGUCCUUUCCAAGACUACAACCCAAGUCCUCUUUUUGUCAACAUGGUGUCCAUCAACUCUUCACUUCACCUGAGGAACCACUACAGGGCAGUGCAGUCCUCCCUGACCCCCGAGCAGCUGGAGGACUUCACCCAGGGCCUGAGGACCACUUUUGGCCGGGAGGGGAAGGUCACUCUUGGUGGGGUGGGGGUAGUGGCCCUGUCCCUGGCUGUGCUGUUUGACACUCUGGCCAGACAGGUCAGGGGAGAGUGGGUGUCUGACUCUGGGCCCAUUCCAGGUUUAUUCCUUGAAAACAUGAGAGGUUAUUACCCACCACAGGUCCACACGGUCAGCGAGUACCUGAGGCUGGUACCCUACAUUGCAAACAACCCCAGCAGGAUGAAAAAGGAAUUAAGGAGGUAGAUACUGCAGUGUGUGUUUGUGUACAUGUGCCCUGUGAAAUACAUUUGUCACUAUUGAAUGUGUGUACUGUUUAUCUCACCAAGGUACCUGAAGCAGUUAAUAAUCGAUGGCCGACCUUUGGAGAAAUUGGGAGAAAACAAAACUUUUCUGAUAGAGGACGACAUCACAUUAGUCAAUCAGGUACUGGGAUACUAUUUUGGAAAAAGCUUGAAAAUUCACCUUCCCCGCAUCAAAAAUGGUACGACUCUUGACAUCAGUGAGAUAAGACAACAAGGUGAUCUGAUCUUUAAUUUCAACUGCGAUCCAGAGAUAGCAGGCAAAGAAUUUUUGGCUUAAGUGCAAAAAUCUGACAACCAUACCCAAGAAGCUUUCAAAAGCUGCAUCAAAGACAGUGAGGAUAUAGAAAAGACUGUGCUGCAGGAUGUUGCCAAGUUAGUAUGGAUGGAUGCCAUCUUUAGGCCAUAUGCAGUGGUAUUUCAUGAUUCGCUAAUUGCUCAAAGAGAAGAUUUUGAUCUGAAGGCUGAUGCACUCUGAAAAUGGUUAGAAUAGUUUAAAAAAUAUAGAGAUGAUGAUGGAUCAAGCUCUUAAUAACAUAGACAUCAUGCAGAGUAACCAUGCAACAUGGGAUCAGUUAUAAAGGUUUGACAACUGAUGUAUUUUUUUUAUUUUAUUUUUAAAUAUUUGUUUAAUCUUUGUUCAACCCUUUGGGACCAUUUCAUAUUUUGUUCCUCUCUGUUAAAUUUCAUGAAUUUAUACUCUGUGACUAACAGUGUCGUAACUCAAACUACUGCUUCCUAUCUGGGUGUCACUUGCAAUAAACAUUGACUGUAAUAAUAAAUAUACAUUUGAUGUCAUGACCUUCUAUUCUGUGUAAAGAUUAGUAGAAAAUGAAAAGAGAAAAGGACAGAUGUCAGAAGUAAAAUAUUACCCCGUAGCUUAACUACAUAAAAUUGAUAUUUCAUUCAUUCACAAUGCCUCUCCACUUUGUACUUCACUAUAUGUUUGAUGUCACUUCUGCAAAACCUCACCUCAGUUUGUUUGCAAAUUGGUAUAUAAUGUUACAUAAUGUAUUUAAGGCCCCACCAUUACGCAAAUUAUAUUACGAUGCAAACACACCCAUACAAUUUGAAGCUGAAUGCAAUUUGUCUCCUUACACAGAGUAUAGAUGUGCUAGAGUUAAAGUGUUGCUUGUGAACUGAAUAAUUCCUAAUCAGAUGCAUACUUGGGCUGGGCUUGUGCUUUUUUUCUGCCUCGGCUUAUUUAACCGCAAACAUACGUGUUUCUUCAGAGAUAAGAGAGACGCAAAUUGCGUCUCUCUCUUGCCCUUUGUGUGCACUAUUGCGUCACGCAAUAGUGCACACAAAGAGCAACAUUUAAAUCUCCAGAGUAAAGCCUGAUUUCCACCGGGCGUGUUACAGCUGCGCCGCAGUCGCCGUUGCUGAUCGCUGCAAAUCUAAUCACUGAGAGCAUUUCCACUGGGCGCGCCGCGGAACGUUUCAGCAACGUCUCAGCCACGGCUUGCCGCUCUGCUGCGCGAUCAUUCCGUAGCAUUUCUAUUUUCUCCGCGAGACGCUGUUAAACCUCAUAAAUCUCAACAGAGCAGAUCGCACCAGACAGGAAGUCUGACUCAGAAUCAACAUAAUACCCUUCCGCCCCCUUUCAAAAUAAAACACAAUACGUAGUUCAUGCAGCCUAAAACUUAUUCACAUCAACAUUAUGUAAUGGCCAGGGCACCAGAUCAGCAAUCAGUCCAUCAAACAGAGGGUCGUAGACACGGACUACAAGAGACUGAUUGUUGAAGUGGAACAGCAUACAAUCAUUUAUGACAUAACAUAUUGUUUUUAUAAGGAUAGAUGGUCAGAUCAACAGAUCUUCCACGUCGGAGAGGCAAAGUAAGCUGUUGGUUGUUGUUGUUUACUUUAUACACAGUUUAUUACAGGAUCUCACGGUCUCCCGUAGGUUCAGGAUUAUCACGUGUUCUCGCUAUCUCGCAUGUAAACUGCUGGCUCGCUACUCUGCCGUUCCGCGGCUGUUCCGCACCCGGUGGAAAUCCCCAGUAAGACCAGCCGAUCGGAAAAUAAAUAAUAUUAAUUAAUGUACUGUGUUCAUCUACACAUCCAAAAGAAAACACACACACAGUCCAAUUUCAUACAGUGAGUGUAUGUGAGUGCAUCAGCCAGGGCUGGACUUUCCACCUGGCAUACCGGCAAAUACCCGGCUGGCCGGCAGGUCUUUUGGGCUGAAUGAUUUAAAAACAAAACAAAAAAAACUUAAUUUUUCAUUUCUUUUUUGUGUGAUGAUCCCCUCCCCCUCUGGGUGUUGUGCCAUUCUGGAUUUCUCUUCCUGUGUAGGAGGAGCCACAGGACAUGCCACUCCAGUCUGCAGAGGCUGGAGGAGCACACCUGACUCCACUCUCAAUUACUGAGGUUACAUAGAGGAGCUGAGGCCUCAGUUCUCGCUCUCUCUUCUCCUCCACAGCCUCCACCUUGGUUUGUUGAGUUGGUCUGGUUAUGUUGGUUUUGUUUGGUUGGUUGGUUGCUUUGGCUUAUACACCUGCAUUUCAUCACGUCGCAUGCAUGCACACACCUCACCACUGAUUUACUGACUCACAUAAUUAAGUUUCUUUGUGUUGCUUUUGGUAAAUAAAAUAAACAUUACUUUAUUAUAACUUCAAAACAUGUGUGGUCUCCUUGUUUGUCAUGAUCUAUGAGCUGGUUCAUGACAUUUGGUUGACUGAUUGCUCAAUGGCCAAUAAAACAGGUUGAACAGGGCUGAAGGCCAAGGCCCCCUCCUCCUUGGCCCCUUCUGCUGUCAAUCGGCCCGUCAGGUCUUUUUGGCCGAACAACCUUGUUUUUGGUAGACUUAUUGGCCAAUGGUCAAUUAAAAAAACAGGUAGAGGGAGGGCCAAGAGCCCUCCUCCUUGGGCCCAUUGAACAGCCAAAAAUUAAAAACAUAGAAGUCCUGGAGAAAUUAAGAGAAAAACAAACAACAAGCCCUUCAGGCAGAUGCUGCCAAAUGUGUUAAACUAACUGAAAUGUUUACUGCUACAGCAGCUGGGUCUUAGUUGGUACCAGCAGGUGAUAAUUGAGGUGGCCUUUAGGGAAUUAGGCGAGAGGUCAACAUGUUUAAAAUGGCAACCUUUAUGUUAAGCUAUGAGGACGUUUUGAUCUCCUGCCUCUGGUAAGUGCUCCUGUGGACUGUAUUAUGAUAUGAUUUGAGGGAAUUGGUUCCUAUCUCUGUUGGGAAGAGUUAUUGACUACAACAAGGUUCUGCAUACAAAUGCUGGACUUUUGCUGUUUAUCCGCAAACACUGGUCAGACAGUGAAGUUAAUAAAAGUGAUCCUGAUCAAAAGGCAAAAACUGAUCGAUUUCAAGCAAGAAAGCAUGACUAACUUUAACUUGAUUGGACAUCUUUGGAAAAGAGAUAUGUGUCAAUUCCUUCUUCUGGACUAUUAGUCUUUGUUCUGUUUUUGGUUGUGAAAUGUUUGCGAGCAGACAGUCACUUCUACUUGUCCUUUCCAAGCCCAACGAACAAGAAAAGGGUAUUAAUCCUGUGGGUCACAGGACUUUUGUGGGAUUCCUCUGGGGUGACAGUCAGUUUUAUUAUUCUUCACGACACUGGGAUGGUAAAGAAAAAGCAACUUUUAGACAGUUAGUCACUGUGUCAAUGCACAUGUCCUUGUGCUUUGGCAAGAUUGACUCACAGAUCAAACAUAACAGAUCAACAUAGUGUAAGAGAGAGACACAGGCUGUCCCAUACUGGCAAGGACAGCUAAUUAAUGAUUAAUGAGAGACUUGAUGUCAUGAUUCCACUCUGACUCUAUAAAUAAUGUCCAGAGACAGCUUGUCAUAUACACACAGCUACUGGUGUUAGUUAAAUCUGUUUUAACAGUGUUGUUGUCAGUUAAUCAUCAAGAUGGGGAACCUGCAGUGUCCUGCUGAGGACGCAGCCCACCUGGCUUCUGUUGCUCGAGUCUUCUGUCCUUUCCCAGACUACAACCCAAGUCCUCUUUUUGUCAACAUGGUGUCCAUCAACUCUUCACUUCACCUGAGGAACCACUACAGGGCAGUGCAGUCCUCCCUGAGCCCCAAGCAGCUGGAGGACUUCACCCAGGGCCUGAGGACCACUUUUGGCCGGGAGGGGAAGGUCACUCUUGGUGGGGUGGGGGUAGUGGCCCUGUCCCUGGCUGUGCUGUUUGACACUCUGGCCAGACAGGUCAGGGGAGAGUGGGUGUCUGACUCUGGGCCCAUUCCAGGUUUAUUUCUUAAAAACAUGAGAGGUUAUUACCCACCACAGGUCCACACGGUCAGCGAGUACCUGAGGCUGGUACCCUACAUUGCAAACAACCCCAGCAGGAUGAUAGAGGAGUCAGAGAGGUACCUGAAGCAGUUAAUAAUUGAUGGCCAUUCUUUGGACAAAUUGGGAGAAAACAAAAUGUUUCUGAUGAAGGACGACAUCACAGUAGUCAAUGACGUACUGGCUCAAUUCUUUGCACACAGUUUGAAGUUUCACCUUUACCGCAUCAAAAACAUUACAGCUGGUGAGUUUGAUCUUCGUGAAAGACACCCACCAACUGAUAUGGUCUUUCGUCUCAACUGUGACCCAGAGACAGUCUACAAAGAACUUUUGGCUGGAGUGCAAAAAUCUGACAACCGCACCCAAGAAGCAUUUAAAACCUGCAACCCAGGCAAUGGAUAUGAACCAAAGAGAUUUCAGGUCUUACUAAACAGGCUAAUAUGGGAAAAUGCCAUCUUCAUCCCUGCGUAUGCAAUUGGAGAUGCAAGUGCAAAUAUUGCCAAAAGAGAAGAUUUUGAUUUGCAGGCUGAUGCACUUGGAAAAUGGAAAUAAGAAGUUUACUUUCAGAUUGUCCAAAUACAGCUGAAAAGGAAUGUACUUAUAGUCCAUAUUAGAAGUACAGGGAUCAAAGUCAAGAUCAGAUACAAAAGGUAGAAGAUGAAACAAUUUGAAUACUUAAAGUCAGAUUAGGCAUUGAUCAAAUGUGCAUAGACAUCAUGCAGGGAUAACCAGCUAACAUGCAACAAUGUCAUCAGAAUGUGAUCACUCAUGUACUUUACACACUGUCCAAUUGAGUUUUCUUUAUUUCACUCAGUGCUUGAUUGUUUCUUUGACCCUUUGAGAAUGUUUCGUGUUUUGAACUUUACACCCUCCUUCAAUUCCCUUAUAAAAGGUGAAUAAAAACUAUCCAUCCAUCCAUUCUCGUCGCUUGUCCGGGCCGCGUCGUGGGGGCAGCAGGCUAAGCAGGGCAUUCCAGCUCAAAAAAAAAAAAAAAAAACUAAUUGUAUUACAUUUUGAAUUCAGAUUUGAACAUUUUAAGUUUCAGUUUGAAGAUGAAAUAUUUUUCUUUGCUCAGUUUGCAACUAAAUCUAUUUAACAAAGGAUGAUCAAAUGAAUGUAUUCUGUUUUAUUGAGGUUCAAGACAACGUCACAAUUUUUUUGGGAAUCUGGGUUGUUCAUUUGUUUUUUUAAUGUAAGAUUUUGGAAAUAACAAGUGUGGUUCAUGUAUUUGAUCUUUGUAAGUAUUCUAUAUGCUGUAUGCCCUGCAGUAUUAUUAAUGUGAUAAUAAAAUGUGUUUACAAAUUACUCUUUUCUCUAUAAACAGAUUCUGUAUCUGUAUUCAGAAUCUGAAGGCAACAGAACAAAGAAGUGCUGUGGUAUCCAGCUGUGGUUUGAGUAGUUUUGACUUUGGUUGCAACUGUCCAUGUGGAGAGCAAAUCAGGUGGAAUGGACUCUUUCUUUUACCUCUUGCUUAUUUGACCUUACUUACUGAGUGUGAAACAAUUCAGUCAGUUUGUUUGGCCGGCCCUUUGAGACCAUUUUGUGUCCUAACUUUUCUUCCUCUGUCCAAUGUCAUGAAUAAUAAUAGUAACAGUGUUGUGUGAUGAAAUAAGUGGUUCUAAAAUUCAAGAAAUAGUGUAAGUUCUGUAUGUGAUAUGUGUCUGUAUACUCUCUGUAUGUCCUGCAGCAUUUUCACUAUGUCAGUAAAUUCAUUUUUUAAAUUUU